CGGUGCCGUCCCGCCGCGGCCGUAAAGUGCUGCGCUGCCGGCCGACGCGUUUACGACACGGCGCGCUAGCGGCGGCGGCGGCGGCUCCGGGACCAUGUUCACGGCGGCGACGGCCGAGGAGGACGACGCAGAUUUCCUGUCCCCCGCCAGCGGGGCCAGGUUGGCCUCUCUCUUUGGCCUGGAUCAAACAGUCUCAAGCCAAGGAAAUGAAUUUUUCCAGUACACUGCACCAAAGCAGCCUAAGAAGGGUCAAACAGCAGCUGCAGGUCAGGCAGCCCAGAAGGCUCCUGUGGCCCCAGCAGCUUCUGGAGCACCAUCAGUGUUCAUGGCCACUGCAGUUCAUGCUUAUCGAUAUGCAAAUGGGCAGUAUGUGAAGCAAGGCAAGUAUGGAGCAGCUGUAGUGGGGAACCACACUACUAAAGAGUACAGGAUCCUCCUUUACAUCAGUCAGCAGCAACAGAUCACAGCUGCGAGGAUCCAUCCAGGCUUUGUGCUCACGGUUCAACCCAACAAUUACAGUACGUUUUACGAUGAUCAGAGACAAAACUGGUCCAUCAUGUUUGAGUCAGAGAAGGCAGCAGUGGAUUUCAGCAAACAGGUGUGCAUUGCCAAAUGCAACAGCUCCCCAGUGCUCGAUUCAGUCCUCUACCAGGAUCUGCUCCUUGGGGAAGGGCAGGGAGUAGAAGCAGGAGACUCUCUGGAGAUUGCCUAUACAGGUUGGCUCUUCCAGAGCAACGGCCUUGGACAGGUGUUCGACUCUAAUGUUAACAAAGACAAGCUGCUGCGGUUGAAGCUGGGAUCUGGGAAAGUCAUCAAGGGCUGGGAAGAAGGAAUGAUGGGCAUGAAGAAAGGAGGGCGAAGGUAUCUCAUUAUUCCUCCAGCAUGGGCCUAUGGGGCUCAGGGAGUGGCUGGUCGUGUCCCUCCAGACUCUACUCUUGUUUUUGAGGUGGAAGUUAAACGGGUGAAGUUGGUAAAAGAAUGCUCUGGUUUGGAUGGACAGAGUGUUAGUUCAAGAGAUUCUGCUGCACCUUCUCCAGUACCCAAUUCAGAUGGUUCCUCUGCAGACACUGGUUUAUUGCCUCCAUCUACAGUACCUCCAAAGCCUGGGGAGGCAGCAGUUCGGGCCAAGUCCAACUCCCUCAGUGAACAGCUAGCAAAUCCCGAUGUGGCAAAGGCAAAACUGAUUUCUCGGAUGGCUAAAAUGGGACAGCCCAUGCUGCCUUUCCUUGCUGGGACAGCAGGUGGUCAGCUUGACUCCAGUGACUCAGAAAUAGAGGAUCCAAAUACACUGAGAGGGACAACACAACCAGUAGCUUCAGCUUCUGGGAGACCAUCGCUGCCAGCUCACGCAGUACUGCCCUCGGUGUCAACACAAGUACCUCAAGCAUCUGGGUCCACACCCCCAGUAUCUUCUGCAGCUUUAAUACCUGCAACAAUGCAGCCCCAUUCAGCUCUGCCUGGAGGAGCACAGGGUUUUCAGGGCUAUCCAGGAAUGCCAUUUGCUUACCCCCAGACUGCUGCAUCUGCCUCUCAGCUCCAGCCUGUAGGACAGAUGUAUCCUGCACCUUACCAAGCACCUGGGGACAUUACUUCCUUUUUGAUGACAGAAGCUCGGCAGCACAACACUGAGAUCCGAAUGGCUGUUAGCAAAGUGGUAGAUAAAAUGGACCAUCUGGCUGCCAAGGUGGAGGAGUUGAAGAAACAAAACUCUGGCAACAGCUCAUUGCUGCCUGGGAUCUCCUCUGUUACCAUGGAAGCCUCCAUGAUCAUGAGCAAUAUCCAGCGCAUAAUCCAGGAGAAUGAGAGACUGAAGCAGGAGAUAUUUGAGAAGAGCAGUCGGAUUGAGGAGCAGAAUGAGAAGAUCAGCGAGCUGAUUGAGAGGAAUCAGAGGUAUGUGGAACAAAGUAACUUGCUAAUGGAGCAGAGGAACCAUUCACUGCAGACAACAAAUGAAAACACACAGGCAAGAGUGUUGCAUGCAGAACAGGAGAAGGCCAAAGUUGCAGAGGAGUUGGCAGCUGCCACAGCACAGGUUUCCCAGCUGCAGCUGGAGCUGACAGCCCACCAGAAGAAGGAGAUGGACCUGCGGAGGCAGCUCUCUGCGGCUCUGCAGGACGUGGAGCGGCAGGAGACGCAGCUCAACAAGCUGCAGGCACAGCUGGCAGAGCUCCAAGAAGCUUCUGAGGACACUCAGACCAGAUUCAAAGCUGAGAAGCAGAGCCGCAAACAGCUGGACGUGAAGAUCACGGCACUGGAAGAAGAGCUGACAGACCUGAAAGUGGAAAAGGAGACUCUUGAAAGGAAUCUGGCAGAAAGGAAGAAGAAAUCCCUGUCAGAGAGAGCUCAGGCAGAGGAAGAGAUGGAAGAAAUCCGCAGGUCCCACCAGCAGGAGCUGGACAAACUUCGGCAGCUGCUGAAAAAGGCUCGGAGCUCGACUGACCAGGCAGCAGCAGAGCAGCUCUCACUCAUCCAGGCAGAGAUGGAAUCCCAGUGGGAAGCCAAAUGUGAGCGUGCACUGGCCUCAGCCAAGGAGCAGCAUGUCAGACAGUACCAGGAGGUGUGUGAGCAGAGAGAUUCCCUGCAGCAGCAGCUGUCCCAGCUGGAAGAGAAGCUUGCAGCUCUAAAACACUCCAAAAAAGCAGAGGAGCAGAGAUUGUCUGAGCUUCAGCAACGCUUGGAGCAACUGGAGCCUCUAGAAGAGAAGUGCUCAGCCCUGCAGUGUGACACUGCUGCCCUGAGGGCUCACUACGAGCAGCGUGUCCGAGCCCUGGCGAGGGACCAGCACAGAGCCUCACCUGCAGAAGACUUCACAGAAGAAGUGAAGAAGAUCAUGAAUGGUGUGUUUCAGUCCCUUCGGGGUGAAUUUGAGCUGGAAGAGACUUACAGUGGCAGAAUGGUUCUGGGUGUUGUCAUGAACACUAUUAAGACUGUAACACUGCAGCUGCUCAGCAGGCAGCAGGAGAAGGCAGAGCAUGACAGUGAAAAGGAGGAAUCUGGAAGAGGAGCAGCACAACAGGAGAGAUCAGCUGGGACAGAGGCAGCCCAGGAAGAGCCCAGGCAGCAGAGCCCAGCUCCUGGGGAAGCAGCCCUGGGCUCUGCAGCCUCUGAUGGGGAAAGCAAGUCUGCUCCUGUGUCUGCCAGGCCCAGAACUGAGGAGGAGCAGGCAGCAUGGAGCAGGGAGGUGCUAGAAGAGGAGGCCCAGGGGCAGCAUCUCUCUGAAUCUGAGUCCUGCCCAGCUCCUGCCAAGUUGCAGCCUGGUCUGGAGGUGGAUGAGGACCUGAGCCCAGCUGAGCAGAGGCAGGAGAGCAGUGGGACUGAGCACAGCCCCCCCACAGCACCUUUGCAGGCAGAAGGUGCAGAACCUUCUGUUCCAGAAGCCAUUCCAGGAGAAACAGAUGUGGCAGCACAUCCUCAAGAGCCACCUGCAGCAGAGGAGCCCACAAGAGGCUCAGAGCCCCCUCCCCUGCACGGUGUGGGAGGCACCUGUGCAGCCCCCACGGAUGGAGCCGUCUCCCAGGAGCCUCCUUCAGUGCCCAACGGCUCAGAGCUGAGCUCUGCCCUCCCCACUGAGGCCCCAGGGCAGCAGGAGCUGAGCUCCAGCCCCAGGCAGGCAGCUGCCAGCCUCUUUGAGGAUGAUGACUUCUUUGAAGCAGCAUCUCCCAAACCACUGAAGCCCCGAGUUCCCUCUGAGGAAGAGGAUGAGGAGGAAGUGAGCAUGAAGGGCCGUCCCCCUCCAGCACCGCUCUUCGGUGAUGAUGACGAUGACGACCUGGACUGGUUGGGAUGAAGAGCUGUUGCUGAGCCUCAGCCCUCUCCUGGGGCUGUGGCCUCUUCCUGUGCACUUGGCACUUGAGGAGCUGUGACCAUGGGCCAGUUGUGACCUGCUGGGACCCUCCAGGCUCCUGCCCUGCAGAGCGACGGGGCCUCAGAGGAAGGUUUUCCUCUGCCCUCCCGGGACCUGUCGCUCUGAGCUGACAGAGGGUGGGAUGAGGUGGAGGAAUCAGUCCCUGUCACUGCACCUUCCUCUCCCUGUCCCCUUCCUCUGACUGUCCUUCACUAAUCAGAAACUAUAUGCAAGUAGGAACUUUGUAAAGUGCUUCAGAACAAGUUCCCUCCUGCAGGGUCCUGCCCCUAUUUCCAACAGCCUAAACUCUUCUUCCUCGGUGAACAUCUCCAUGGGAUAUUUCUUGGUCCCUGAGGUGGCUCCCAGGGCCUCUGCCCCAGCCCCUGCCUGUGUCUGAGCAAUGUGCAGUGGGAGCUUUGGCUCAGAGCCCUCAGGAAGGUGUUUCCUGUGAGCUCAGGCCAGGCAGGGCUCAGGUUGCCCUGUGUGCACUCAGAGCCGCAGGAGCCUGGGUUCCCAGGGCCAGUUGGGGCUCUGAGCUCAGGCCAUGGCUGCAGCAUCCACUCCUGGCCCUGCCUGUGUGCCCAAGGCUCCCAGAGCCCCCCAGCCCCCUCCCUCCCUUUGCAGCCUCCUCUGCUCCUGCUCUGAGGGCUCAGGGGCUUGGGCUGGGUUAUUUCCCCAGCUGGGGGAGCCUCACUCCAGCUCUGGGCUCUGCUGCUGCCACCAGCCUGACCCCUCCUGUGCCUUUGUGAUGAUCACAGCACAAGCUCAGCCUGGGUGCUGGUGAGUCAUAAGGCCAGGGCUGGGCCUCUUCAGUCGCCCAAGAGGGAAAAGGGGUGAGGAAAAUGCCAAGUGCUCAGUGUUCUACACCCAGCUCAGAGGCAGGAGCAGGUCUUGGUGUCUUUAAAUCAAGGAAUCCCCCCUCAAGAGCCUGGCAGGGCAGCCACAGCCCCAGCCAAAGCCCCAGCUCCCUCCUCUGUGCUGAGGGGGGUGAGUGGCAGCUCCUGCAGCCCCCACCCCCCUGGCAGUGCCCGGUGCAGGGCCCUGCUCCUUCCAGCCCAUCCCCUGGUUCCUGGCACAGACACCUGUUCCACUCCUGGGAAAAUAAAGUGCAAUUAACCCUG